GCGAGCCGGAAGUGGCGAUUGGCGCGGCCGGCGGUGCCGCUCCCGGCGCUCGGCGCUCCGCAGUCCCGCGCCCCUUCGGGCGCCGCCGCCGCGUUCGGCUCGGCCACGGCGGCAGGCGGGGCUCCGGCGAGGCCCAUGAGAUGAAAAUAGCGACACCUGGAUUGUGAGAUGUGCUCCUGACAAAAAGCUGCCCAAUGGGUUACAGAGCUCCUACCGGCCGGGACAUUGGACAGAAUACAUGGGCAGAGUCUUUGUCUACUUGGGGGACAGUGGCGUCCAAGAAGAUGACAUGAAAAGAACCAUGACAGCAAUUCCCUUCACUGCGGGCAUGGUGGAUCUUCUGGGGUUUAUUGGCAAGAACAAAGAGUUUUUCGACUGCAUCAUUGUUUCAGAUUCUAACACAGUGUUUAUUGACUGGAUUUUAAAAGCUGCUGACUUCCAGGAGGUGUUUGAUGAAGUGUUUACAAACCCCGCAGCAUUCAGCAGUAGCGGCUACCUGACCGUGCAGAACUUUCAUGCCCACCAAUGUCCCAAGUGCCCUAAAAACCUUUGCAAAAGGAAAGUUUUAAAAGAGUUUCUAGAUAAACAGUUGGAGAGAGGAGUGAGUUAUACGCAGAUUGCUUAUAUAGGUGAUGGUGGGAAUGACCUGUGCCCAGUGAUGUUUCUGAAGAAGGGUGAUGUUGCUAUGCCCAGGCAUGGGUAUACCCUAGAGAAGAAGAUUUCUCAGCUCUCUCGAGAUUUCUGUCCCAUAGAGUGUUCUGUUCUGGUUUGGUCAUCUGCUGUUGAAAUUAUGUCUUAUCUGAAGCUGCUUAUAAAAGAACAAUUGAAGUGAUAGAAGGAAACCGGUGUGUCUUAUUUUCUUCCUGGGUGAGAAAUGCCGAAUGCACACAGAAACACAACAUUAUAGAACUGGGAUAUCAGCUGAACCUAUGUUGUUUAAACAGAGUAUAAAAUUGUAUUUUCAGUUUUGUCAGUAGUGGGAAAGUGAUGUUAAAGUGGCUUUCAGGCAUAGUGUGGAUUCCAAUAUUUGUGGAGAGGUGUGCGGGGCGGGGAGGGGGUUGCAUGAGGAAUGGCCAUUUCCUUUUGUCUUCUCCAUCCUGAGCCUCCACCUACUGCCAAAGUGAUGUUCCACGUGCUGUGGGGAAGGAGUAAGAUUAGUGCACAAAGAAUAAUUAUUUAUAAAGAAUGUAUAUGGUUUACAGACCAGGAAUGUGAUUCUGGACCUUCUGGCUUUGAGUACUUUUUUUUAAUCGGGAUAAAUGUUUGAUUUGUAAAUGAUUUGCUAUGUCUCUAAUCCUAUUUGAUCUGAAGAUGCAUUUAUAUUUUUAAUAUACUGAAUAUUUUACCAAACUGAAUUCCUUUUUAAUAGUUUGUAUUAAAGACAAUAAAAGUUACUGUCGCUGAGAAGAGCAACGCCUGAGUUGUGUAAGGUGUUCUGUAACGCACUCCGUUCUUGUAAGGGCCACUUGUAAGGAGUGGCUUAGCACACGUGUAGGUGUCAGUCUGCACAACACCGUUCCUUUGUCGGUUCUCUCUUGAAGCACAGGAAGAAUAUUCCCACUGUGCACUGUUGUUGCUCCAUACAGAGCCUGUGCUGUCAACUGGGACUCAGCCCACUGCUUUUUCUGCUGCCCACGGAAUGCUGUGUGUGUCCCUAUGCGUUCUUAUACCAGUUUCACCUAUUCACUCUUGUCUAUGUGCAUCCUGUAAUCCCCUCCUAUGGGCUGAAAGGGGACAUCUGCGUCCAUUUUAACUUUGUAGCAGAAUUUGCCUGUGUUUGAAUAAGGAAUCAUUUGUGAGCGUGUGGUGAGCAUGUUUCUCCCUCGUGCUGAGACAAACCAUAAGACUUGUACUGUGCACGCAGAGGCACUUCAGUCUCAUUAAAGUUGAAUCAUCUGUUUUCACGCCAAAUGUUUUCUUUCUUACAGUGUCCCCAAAGGUCCCAACUGCUACUGAACUGUUGUCUGUUUUAGCCUUAUGUGCCUUAGUAGCUGAGAAUUCUACCUAACCUGCAGCGAUGUGGCUGCAAAUGUCAGAGAUGUGGUUCAGCAGCCUGCAGUUGAUGUAAAUUGCUUCUGCAUUGUCUUUGGGUGUUGUUUUCAUUUUCUUACUAACAUUUAAUGUUGUUACUACCUGCUUUUUUUAAGUUGAGGGUCUUUAGGAGUGGUCUCCCCUGUUAAGUUGGGGAUCUUUAGGAGUGGUCUCCCCUGUUUUGAGGACAAUAAUGUAUAAAUGAAGAUUUCUUCGAGUACUGCCUUGUAAAUAGUCCGGUGUUUAGCUCUUCAUCUAUUUUAACUAAUUACAGAAGGUUGCUUUGAACAGUUUGUUGUCCAAGGUGUCCCAGAUGAUACAUAUGGGUUCUCAGGAGCAUAGCUUUAAUGAUGGGUAGUUGAUAGCUGUCUGAGAUGUUUGUACUGUGGGGAGCUUACCCUGUUGUCUUGUGCAUGGGUGCAGAGACAGUGUCUGACGUCUGACUACCUGAAGGGUUUCAAGCUGUUUCAGUUUGCUGAUUUAUAGCCUGUACAAGAGAAUGGUGAUGAAUGUUGUGUGGUAUUGCAUGGGUGUUGUUUUUUUUUUUUGUUGUUGUUUGUUUUGUGUGUGUGUGUUGUUUUUUAUUUUCUUUCCCUCCAAAGUUGUGCAUCUCCUUCAUUCUAGGUAUGCUGCUAAGGGUUGCGGAUAUUGUGCUUUCUGUACGUUGGUUGUAAAGCAGCUUGCUUUCAGCUGGUCCCCAGAUCUCACUGCUUAUUAAAAAAAAAAAAAAAAGGGGGGGGGGGUGCAAACCCAUCCACCUGGUAUAUAAAUAAGUACUCCUUUUUCACUUCCACUUAUAUUUGUUUGUCUUUUAGCCUUAGGAACUUCAUGUUGUAGUUUGCUCUGUUGCUGAUUCCUUAAGCAAGAAAUUCAUCUUCACAGUGAAAGAGAUUUUUUGGUUGUUUUUAAGAGUAGAGAAGCAGGAGAUGAGAAGGGAUAAAGCAACUAAUUGAAAAGAUUUGCAAUUGGGAUCCAAUCACUUCAAGUAGAGUGUAGAGCUGAUGCUAUUUUCUGGGCAAAGUGCAUGUUGGAGACAGACAGAAUUUCUCCAUUCCAGUAGGUAAGCCAUUAAGCAAUUAAUGAGGUCUUCCCCUUUGCCCUCCCCGCUCCCAUCUUAAUAAAAGAGAAGGGAUCACUUUUCUGAAGCACCACAGUUACCAAACUUUUCCACUUUUGAGUAUAAGGGGGGGAGAGAUGAGUAUCUCCAGAUUGUGAAGUCAGCUUCAGCUGGUAGCAGCCAAAAGAGGCAAGGAGAGGGCAGAGCAGGUCCUUGAAGGGGUGCUGGUUCAGUGUUGGUUGUUGCUGACCUGACUGCUGGGUGUUUAAACAAUGUGCUCUGUAGGAGGGAGGUGUCACACUUCUGGGGAAGUGCGGUGGCUUAGAUGUUACAGAAUGUGUAAUGGGAGGCUCUUGUGUAGAUGGAAAUUUCUGUAUGGUAACAGGCCUGCUACCACACCAGCUAGUAUGGGGAGUACUGAGCUGAAAUCCUAUACCCUGACCUUAUAUGCUAGGAAGCUGGCCAAGAGCUGGGAGCAGUUCUUGCUUAUCCAUAGGCAGCUGAUGAAAUGGAAAGUGAAAAACAGCAGUAAAACAAAGUUGUUGGCAUGGGGAUGUAUAAACAGAGUCAGGACCCUACAUGGGAAUGCUCCAGAGAAAGAAGGGGAGUGAGCAAUGUAGCUGUGGGACAGCUGCUGGUGAGAGCAGCUGGGCUGCAGUAAUUUCUGAGCUGCACCGCACCACAUAACUGAUUUCUUAGGCUGACGAUACAUCGAAAGUGGCUGAAAAAACCGAAGGCAAAGAUAUGUGAAGAAUUUGCUAGGUAUUUUUGGAUCAGUUUGUUCACAUCUUGUGCUGUUACAUAAAAGCCAGUGGAAAGCGUGAGUCCUAUUGCAGUCUGCAUGUGAGGAGGGAUGGAGUGGGAUGUCCAUAUACACCUUCCCACUCAGAUUCCUUCUUUAAUUCAUGCUUUACUGGGAACUAGGGAGGAAGUAUCACUGCUAAUUAAAAGAAAAAAGAAAGAAAGAAAAAAGCUUAUGAAUCUGUGCAGAGCAGGAGCUCUCCUAAUUUCUCCUUUUAGGGUGUGCAGGCGCUUAGCUAAACCUAACAAAUGCCUGCCUCCCUUUGGUGGAGGAGCCCCGGGCAGCCCUUUCAGCCUAGGAGGGCGCUGGCAGGGCAGGCAGAGCCCGGCUGUGGGUCUGAAGCUCUGAAUCCCACUGGGGGGAAGCACAGCACCACGUCAAGCCCGCUGUGCUUCACUUACACGUAGGGAUCCCUGCAGCUCUAUGAAAUGUGCCAGCGGAGAAGAGAAACUGUGAGCCUCAUUUUCAGAAGCAGUAAUAGCCGUAUAAACUUCUUCCUGGGCAAUUUGCCUGUAAGUUGGAGUCAGCACAGUCUUGCCAGUGCAUUAGCCGGCACGGUUUGUGACUGUCAUUUAUGCUCUGCAAACACUUAGGUGUCUGAGGAGGGCUCAGCCUUAUCUCCUCUUUAGGGGAUCCCUUCUCCGCAUUGCUCCUCGCAGGCUGUCGGAGGCACUCUGGCUUUGCUGUGUGGCCGUGUGCCACCGGCUUGGUGACGCUCCCGGAGCAUCUGUCCCUAAUAGGGCUGACAGCCGCGGGGCCGUAUGUCAUCGCUGCCAUAAGCCUUCCCCCCCUCCCUGGGGGCUGGGGAGCUGCGGGGCAGCGGCAGCAGCGACUCGGGCCGGCGUCUCCCCGCCCUGCAGCCGGGGGCUGCUGACCCUGCGGAGGGGCCCCCACCGGGUGAGUGCCAGGGCUGCGGGUGGCUUUGUGCGGUGGUGACGAUGGCCCUGCCUGGGCAGGAGGACUACGAGUUCGCCUACCGCGACUCAUCGCACCCUGUGUGCCUGCUGGACGCGUUCCGGGCAUUCUACCUAGACGGGCUAUUCACUGACAUCGCGCUUCAGGCCGCCUCGGGAGUCCUGCUGCAUUGCCACAGAGCCGUCCUGGCGGCUUGCAGCAGUUAUUUCAGAGCCAUGUUCACAGCCGAUAUGAAAGAGAAAUCUAAAAACCAGAUCAGGCUUCCUGAGCUCAGCCACGCCGUGCUGGAAGCCCUUGUGAAUUAUGCGUACACGUCCCAGAUCCAAAUAACAAAGAGAAACGUGCAAAGCCUGCUGCAGGCGGCUGAUCUCCUCCAGUUUGUCUCAGUCAAGAGAGCCUGUGAACAGUUUCUGAUCAGGCACCUGGAUGCUGACAACUGCCUCGGGAUGCACGCCUUUGCUGAGCACCACAAUUGUCUGGAACUGGAAAAGGAGUCCCGGAGGAUGUUGCUGUGGCAGUUCGAAGAAGUGUGGAAGCAGGAGGAGUUCCUGGAUGUUAGCAAGGAGAAGUUGGCUUUCAUCCUCUCCAGAGAGAACCUCAAUGUCUGGAAAGAAGAGGCAGCUGUCGGAGCUGUCGUUAGGUGGGUUGCACACAAUGUAGAGGAAAGAAUUGAAGACAUCUAUGAACUGCUGAGCUGCAUCAAACUAGACCUAGAUAAUGUGUAUUUGAGGUCAGCUUUAAGCCUGCAAAAAAAAUGCCGACUUAAUGAUAAUAAGAUAAGGUCCCUUGUGUACAGUGCCCUAAACCCCAGUCCCAAAGGCCUUUCCAAAAGACCAACAGCCACCAUGUGUGUGGUUGGAGGAUAUUAUUGGCAUCCCUUAUCAGAAGUGCACGUUUGGGAUCCUUUAACUAACGCGUGGCUCCAGGGAGCAGAAAUGCCGGAUCAUACCCGAGAGAGCUACGGGGUCACGAGCCUGGGGCCAGACAUAUAUGUGACAGGAGGCUACAGAACGGAGAGCAUUGAAGCCCUGGAUACCGUGUGGAUAUAUAACAGUGAGCGGGAUGAGUGGGCAGAGGGCUGCCCCAUGCUUGAUGCAAGAUACUACCACUGUGCGGUGUCCCUGAGCGGCUGUGUCUACGCACUGGGUGGCUACCGGAAGGGAGCUCCGGUGCAAGAAGCUGAGUUCUAUGAUCCUUUGAAAAAGAAAUGGGUUCCUAUUGCAAACAUGAUCAAAGGUGUUGGGAACGCCACCGCCUGUGUCCUGCACGAAGUCAUCUUCGUAACCGGCGGUCACUACGGCUACAGGGGAAGCUGCACCUACGAUAAGAUCCAGAGAUACCAUUCGGGUAGCAACGAGUGGAGCAUCGUCACCACAAGCCCACAUCCAGAAUAUGGACUGUGUUCAAUCACAUUACAAAACAAGAUCUAUUUUGUGGGUGGACAGACCACGAUCACAGACUGCUACGACCCAGAGCAGGACGAGUGGAAGCAGAUGGCUCACAUGUUGGAACGGAGAAUGGAGUGCGGCGCGGUGGUGAUGAACGGGUGCAUCUAUGUGACAGGAGGAUAUUCCUAUUCCAAGGGAACGUACCUGCAGAGUAUUGAGAAAUACAAUCCUGAACUAAACACGUGGGAAGCAGUAGGCAACCUACCCAGUGCCAUGCGUUCACAUGGCUGUGUCUGUGUGUAUAAUGUGUAAGCAUUAGGUUUUCACAGUGCUAACAAAGAAAACACGCAGUAUUCCUAAUGGUACUGAUUACCUCAUGAAUGAGAUACCUAAUACAAUCUCUUAGUGCACGUUCAUUAAGGAUUGUUCAAUUUGCUUUAAACAAUUCAGAAGGGUAAAUAUGGAAAAAAUAUUUCCAUGUGUUUUCUCCAUCAUGGAAACUUUCAAAUGACUCUAAUAAUACUUUCUGCAGCUCUAUCAGAACUACUGUGAAAAACAGAGUUAUUUUCACCAGUCACUGGGUAGAACUGCAAUUUGGUGCUAAACUGAGCAAAACCAAAGUAUUUUGCCUUUCUGUGGAGCAGCGGGCUUAGGAUGUAAUCUUUGAUACGCUGAAGAUAGCUGUAGGAAUGGUUCGUUGCCACAGAUCUGGUGUGUGGGACGUACACAGUGAUAUCACUUGGGCAGUAGAGUUACCACAUCCAGGAACUGCAGGGCAUCUCUAAAUCCACCUUCAGAUGCCAGAGUGAAGAAGAAAACACACAGAGAAAGAGGGGAAGAAAGAUGGCCUACCAUCUGGUACCCAG